UUUAAGGCAACUAGCAUUGGUGCGGUUUGAUUUCAUUACAAUGUUGCAUGUCUUCUGUUUCUCUAUGUUCAUCUGGUCUGUCCAUAGCCAGAUAUGGAUGACCCAAUUUGACCAGCACUUUCAGUUUGUAUGCCCUCCUGGUCAGACUAUCAGGUCAUUGGUGAGUUUUCAUGAGAACCAUUAUGAAGAUCGUGUUUGGAAUUUUAGCUGCGCUGCCCCUCCCCAUGGAGUAGCCCUCGCCACAUGUCAAUGGAGCGGUUUUGAAAAUGACUUUGACCAACUGUUGGAGUUCCAAUGUCCAAACGAAAGCAUCAUCAGUGGUAUAGAGAGUGUCAAUGACAAUGGGCACGAGGACAGGAAAUGGUCAUUUCUCUGUUGUGAUCCUGAAGGCUAUGUAACACACGCUUGUCUGUAUACUCCGUAUGUCAACACGUAUGACAAUGUUCUAAACUACAGAGUUCCGAAUGACUUUGUCUUGAGAGGAGUGGACAGUGUCCAUGACAACCACUAUGAAGAUCGUAUCUUCAAAUUUGAUAUUUGUAAACUGGAUCCUAUUGGAGAAAUAGAAGAAGGAGCCGUUGUAGGAUAGACAUUUUGUCUGUUUGUUUACAUGACUCAGCAAUAUUUAUAUUCAUAUACAUUUACAAUAGGAACUUGACUGAUGAUAGUGUGAAUGUUUGUGUACGCUGCCCUCUGGGCUAUAUCGAAUACAAAAUUAAGACAUGAUAGUGUGAAUGUUUGUGUACGCUGCCCUCUGGACUAUAUCGAAUACAAAGUUAAGACAGUUACGUUGUUCAGCUCGGACUAAACCUUUUCCUUUUUGUUGCGACUAUUUUAACAAUCAAAAAGUUCAGAUAGCCUACAGCUGGUUGUUUUAUGGCCAGGGAUAAUUAACAAUAACCUCCUGACAUUGUCCUGCUAUUUUACCAUAACCUCCUGACAUUGUCCUGCUAUUUUACCAUAACCUCCUGACAAUGUCCUGCUAUGUUACCAUAACCUCCUGACAAUGUCCUGCUAUGUUACAAUAACCUCCUGACAAUGUCCUGCUAUGUUACAAUAACCUCCUGACAAUGUCCUGCUAUGUUAGAAUAACCUCCUGACAAUGUCCUUCUAUGUUACAAUAACCUCCUGACAAUGUCCUGCUAUGUUAGAAUAACCUCCUGACAAUGUCCUGCUAUGUUACAAUAACCUCCUGACAUUGUCCUGCUAUUUUACCAUAACCUCCUGACAUUGUCCUGCUAUUUUACCAUAACCUCCUGACAAUGUCCUGCUAUUUUAGAAUAACCUCCUGACAAUAUCCUGCUAUGUUACAAUAACCUCCUGACAAUGUCCUGCUAUGUUACCAUAACCUCCUGACAAUGUCCUGCUAUGUUACAAUAACCUCCUGACAAUGUCCUGCUAUGUUACAACAACCUCCUGACAAUGUCCUGCUAUGUUAGAAUAACCUCCUGACAAUGUCCUGCUAUGCUACCAUAACUUCCUGACAAUGUUCUGCUAUGUUGAAAACAGAAAUGUGCCCAGGCGGAUUGUGUAGUACUCUGACUCAGUUAUUUGUGAAAUAAUUUCUUAAAUGUCUUCGCACAGUUUUGUAGAAUUCCAUUUCUCAGAGACUUUGAUAACAAAAAUAUUUUGUUUUGUCUUUUUUUCUAAUUCUAUUUUUAGAUACAAAACAUUGAGUGUGUGUUAUGCCCCCCUGUGCACGUGCUUAAUCUGAGGUUACUCUGUAGCAGCUGAAGUUGAAAUAGGCUCAUUUAAAACAGUUCAUUGGUUAGUUUAAGGAAACUACGCUAUUGAAGUUAGAACUCUCCCCCUUUUAAGAUUACGAUACUCUGUUAAGUUAAAUAUCACUUGUUGGAUCCUUUAAAUAAAGAUGUUCUCUUGGUGAA